CCCAGCCCAGCCCUCUCUAUCAUCAUCACUCUUUGUGCUUGAGGAGCACGUCUUCACGCUUGAUAGGCCCAACACCACUUCCUUCAGGAGAGGGGAAACCUCCUUCGAGCUGAGCCGAGCAGCGCCUCAGGGGGUGCCUGCCUGCCUGCCUGCCCGCCCGCCCGCCUGUGUCACGCACGAGCCAGUCGCUCUCGCUGAACUCUCCCGCCUCGCCUCGGCCUGACUGGCAGACCAAGGCCAGCCAAGUAGCUUGGCAGCAGCUUGAGUAAAGGAGAAGCCUGCAAUAUUUCCUCUGUGCAACAGCAUACUUACUCCUUCACGAUGGAGGAAGCAUGUGAAGAUAUAGAUCAGAUGUUCAGUAAUUUAUUGGGGGAAAUGGAUUUGCUGACUCAGAGUUUGGGAGUGGAAACUUUCCCACCUCCAUCCACAAAAGCAUCUGAAGAUGAAUUUAAUUUUGCAGUUGGGUUUAAAGAUUUAAAUGAAUCGUUAAAUGCGUUGGAAGAUACCGAUCUAGAUGCUUUAAUGGCUGAUCUUGUAGCAGACAUAAGUGAAGUGGAAAAGACCACAUUCCAAGGACAGAAAGAUUCCUCUCAUUACCAACAUGUUGCCAAGUCUCAGCCUGUAGCAAAUGCUGCUGCUGCUUAUGCACAUCAGUCAGGUCUCCCAAAUACUGCUUUUGCACAUGUUGAGGAUGAUUUACCCCCUCCCUCUGCAGAGCUAGCUUUUGAUCUUCCACCACCACCGCCGCCACCACCUCCAACCCCACCUCCUGAACCACUCACUCAGGAAGAACAAGAGGCACAAGCAAAAGCCGACAAGAUUAAACUUGCAUUAGAAAAACUGAAGGAAGCCAAGGUUAAAAAGCGUGUUGUCAAGGUGCACAUGAAUGAUAACAGCACAAAGUCUCUGAUGGUAGAUGAAAGGCAAGAGGCACGUGAUGUUUUGGACAAUCUCUUUGAAAAAACCCACUGUGACUGCAGUGUGGACUGGUGUCUUUAUGAAGUAUACCCGGAGCUACAAAUAGAAAGAUUUUUUGAAGACCAUGAAAAUGUGAUUGAAGUCUUAUCAUACUGGACUCGGGACACUGAAAAUAAGAUUCUAUUUUUGGAGAAAAACGUAAAAUAUGCUGUGUUUAAAAACCCUCAGAAUUUCUACUUGACAAAUAAGGGGGGAAAUGAAAGCAAGGAAAUGAAUGAGAAAAGCAAAGAAGCUUUACUGGAGGAAAGCUUCUGUGGCACAUCUGUCAUUGUACCAGAAGUUGAAGGGGCCCUUUAUUUAAAAGAAGAUGGAAAGAAGUCCUGGAAGAGGCGUUAUUUUCUUCUGCGAGCUUCUGGAAUUUAUUAUGUACCCAAAGGAAAGACCAAGACAUCUCGGGAUCUGGCUUGCUUUAUACAGUUUGAGAAUGUAAGUGUUUAUUAUGGCAUUCAGUACAAAGCAAAGUACAAGGCGCCUACAGACCACUGUUUUGUCUUAAAGCAUCCCCAGAUACAGAAGGAGUCUCACUAUAUCAGAUAUUUGUGCUGUGAUGACCGGCAGAUUCUACAUCAAUGGGUAACUGGUAUAAGAAUUGCAAAGUAUGGCAAGACAUUGUAUGAUAACUACAUUUGCGCAGUGCAGAAGGCCGGCUUAGCUUCUCGACUGACAAAGCUAGGGAAUGCUGAAUCGACCACUGCUGUGGGAUCAUCUUCAAAAGGUAGUGCUCAUGCAAAUGGGCAGAUCCCCAACAACAUGACCCUCACUACUGCAGACCCUCCAGAGACUAGGAAACCUACUGAGAUGCCAAAGGUUAAGAAAUCAGACAGCAUUUUUGACACCAGUCAAGCACCACCAUCUAUAAUGCCACAGUUGAAACAGCUCCGUAAACCUGGUGGGCUACAGCCACCACCCCCUCCUCAAAGACUGUCUUCUGCUGUUACUGCUUCAUUGUACCUACCCCCCAAUGAAAGAGGAAACACAACUGCUUCAUCAGAUCCAGCAGAAUUUCCACCACCCCCUGAAUCGAUACUGCCACCCCCUGAGUUGGAAUACUUGCCGCCACCACCACCACCUGAAUAUUAUGAAGAUCCUCCUGAUUUUAUUCCUCUCCCACCACCUUGCUUUGCUGUGAGCACUGGUACACCAGAACUGCUGCCACCACCUCCUCCCUCGGUCUCUGCCCCUGCUAUGCCUCCACCAAUCAGAAAGAAGCCUCCACCUCCUCCUAAAAGAAAAGAAGAAAGUGCUGGGCAGGCAGGAGGGCAUCGACAAAGUGAGCCAUUUCCAAGGGGGGAUGUAGGUGGACAAGGAGGAGAUUUAAUGUCUGAUUUAAUGAGGGCAUUACAAAAGAAAAGGGGUGACACAUCAUGAAUCAAGUAGUUUAAAGAAAUAUUAGGGUGUUGUUUUAGUUGUGGGAGAUCAGGGUGAGGAUGGUCUGGAGAAAUUGUCCAGAGCUGUUUCUGGUGGUCCAAAGGAAAAUAUGCUAGAGAAUGUCAUUCCAACAUAUCCUGAAGUGAUGGGCUGCUUUUCCCACAGGCUUGUUGAGACGGUGGCUUCCCAUGUUCCUGGUUCAAGGCUAAAGAGCAUUACUAGAAGCAGCGGAAGUGUUCCCAGGGAAGGCAGAUUCCCAAACAGUAGCCCUAUUCGAUCUGGCAAAAGUGAUCAAAGAGGCUUGUAUCAAAUUAAAGGUUGACUAAUUUAUUGAAGGGGAAAUCCUAUUUAAUCAGAUUUUCCCCUGGGCAGCAUGUGUGAAUUGCACAGUCUGUUCUUGUCCUACACAAGGCCUUGGCAGCUCUAUGGACAGGCAUAGGCUGAUGCGCUUUGCAAAAAUAAGAAAUGGAGCUCUGAAAACAGCACUACAACAGCUGCAGCAAUAGCUAUCUCAACAAUUCCUACCCUCCCCCCCUUUUAUUGAACAGCUAGUACUAUUAGAAACGUUAGUCAGGACCUAGCAUUUCGCUUCCCCUAUUUAGAAAAAAAAGUGAGAAGGGCCAUUUGAGGCUUUAUUAUUCACAUGUUGUUCUGACCACAAUAUACCACACCUGUUUCCUCAAUGGUUCUGAAGCAGAAACGCCCAAACGAAAUGUUUUCAGUAAUAAUAUCUGCAGGUGAUAUCCGGGGUUAUUUAUCCGAUUUAGUGCUAGCUUGAAGAUACAUGUUUCAGUUUUUCCUCCCACAUCUACCAAGUUAGCAAUUGUCUUUAAGUGACACCUAAAGGUAUUUGUCUAAGACCUCAUAAUUAUAUGAAUAUUUUAAAUAAUUUGUGCCUUCCUACACAUCUUUUGUCAUUUAUGAUUCACCUUAAUCCUCUAAUGUUCAGUUUUGAUAGUACUCACUGCCAGCACCUGAAUAAAAGCCUCUUCUGUGU